GUUCUUUCUAUAGUAUCCCUUCAGAGAGUCUGCAUCUUUCUCCCUCAAGAAAAAUUCUUCCUUUUGCUGGGAUUGAUUUCUCUGGUUCCCUCACCUCCUUUCUUUGACUUACCUUUUCCUUGUUUACUUUCCUUUCUCUUCCAUUGUUCUUGUUCCCUUUUUCAGUUUUCAUUCCCAAAUCCCAAUAUCUUUGCAGACCUUAACUGAAUUUAUCUCACCUGGGUGUUUCAGUUUUCUUUUGUUUAUUAAUUCCUCUGUUCAGGUUUAAUAAAGAAAUAAAGUAAAUGAAGCUGAAGAAUGUAGUAUAUAGUGCUUUCUCAGAUUCUUCCUGCAGAAGAAGUUUCCAAGAUUCUGUGAUUUCCCCUCUUCUAUUGAUAUAAUCUUCACACCGAAACCCCAAAAUCCAGCUCAUUUGACCUGGAUGUUCUUUUAAUUUAUUCACCUAAUCGAAUCUAUAAAAACCCCAUCUUGAUUUUGAUUGUUGUUGGGUUUGUGGGUUUGAUUUUCUUCGUUUGUAAUUUGAAUUUGGGUGAUUUUGUGGUAUUUCGGAUGAAAUGGGUUGCGCCACCUCCAAGGAAAGGCGGUGCCGCCAUUGCAAAGCGCCUUAUUCCCCGUUGUCGAGGAGCAAUUCAACGCACAUCCAAGACCCGGCGGAGAACAGUGCCGAUGGCUACCAUGUGGUGGCGCUGAAGUCGUCCACGUUGGGGUCGCUCAAGCUAGAUAGAAUCAAUCACAGCAAUCACAGCAAUCACAUCAACGGCAGGUAUAGUGUGGCGGAAAAGGGAAUCAUUCACGAGGGGAAUGGUAAACUGAAUGGCGAUCUAUUGGAUCCGGAGAAGGCAAAAGGGUUGCCGGUGGAGGUGAUUGAAGCGGAAGUUUGGUCGAAAAUGAUUGAGGAGAAAAUCCCAAAAGUUGUGCCCAAAACGCCGGUGAGAACACCUCCCGGAGAGCCGGAGACGAUUAACGCGUGGGAAUUGAUGGAGGGUCUAGAAGAUAUCAGUCCUCUCCGACCGCCGAGUCAUUUACGGAGUUUCUCUUUCGAUGUGGUCGGGGAUCCAGUGCCACUUCCAUGCCAUCACCAGAAAUCCAAAAGUCCGGAGAAUGGCAAGGUUUCACCGAUACCCAUGUGGCUUCAAAUGGCCGAUGAAGAUCAGAAUUAUUCGAUCCCGAAGUUUGAUCCGGAAGUCAUUUCAUCGUUCAAGAAAUCCCUCGAGGAGCUUCACUCGGAAAACCCAUUUCAUCUCUGGCAGCCCCCGCCGGAGAAUGAGAAAGUACCCAAAAGAAACUGUUUCCUUUCGGAUUGGAAAGGCGGGAGGGAGAAGGUGAUCGUCUAUUUCACCAGCCUCCGAGGGGUCCGAAAAACAUACGAGGAUUGCUGCCACGUGAGGGUGAUCCUAAAAGGCUUAGGCAUCCGGGUGGACGAGCGAGACGUCUCAAUGCAUUCCGGCUUCAAGGAGGAGCUGAAAGAGCUAAUGGGAGAUGCAUUCAGCGGCGGUUUGCCGAGAGUGUUCCUGGGGAAAAAAUACAUCGGCGGAGCCGAUGAGAUACGGGGACUGCACGAGGAAGGGCAGCUAGAGAAGCUCCUUGAUGUGUGUGAAACAGUGGAUGAAGGCUGCGGAGGCCCCAGUGCAGCUUGUGAGGCUUGUGGGGAUAUCCGAUUUAUCCCCUGUGAAACCUGUUCCGGCAGCUGUAAGGUGUUCCAUGAAGGAGAUGAGGAAGAUGAACAAGAGGAAGGAGGUGAGUCUGGAUUCCAGCGAUGUCCUGAUUGUAAUGAAAACGGAUUAGUACGGUGUCCUUUUUGCUGUUAUUAGUCAAGAAAAAAUAUCACUUUUGAAUCUUGUCAUUUUUGUUCUUUCAUUUUUCUGAAUUGUUUGUUGUACACUGAGGCAGAUCAAAAAAAAAAAAAACAGAGGAAAACAGGUGAUAAUGUGUCCUAAGUUAGUAAUAUUUUUAAAAGGCUGUAUACAGAGGGAACAGGGGAUUAUGUUUCCUUACAAAAACAGAGGCUUUGUCUUUUCAAAUUCCUUCCUUUACAAUGAAGGAAAACAUGAAACAUCCAAAUUCUAGCUUCCUCUUCUCCCUCUUCAUUAAAGGAUGUGUUCAUUG